CAUGUCUGGACGUGGCAAAGGAGGCAAGGGUCUUGGAAAGGGAGGCGCUAAGCGUCACCGUAAGGUGUUGCGUGAUAACAUCCAGGGCAUCACCAAGCCCGCCAUCCGUCGUCUGGCCCGCCGUGGUGGUGUCAAGCGUAUCUCUGGCCUCAUCUACGAGGAGACCCGUGGCGUCCUCAAGGUCUUCCUCGAGAACGUCAUCCGUGAUGCCGUCACCUACACCGAGCACGCCAAGCGCAAGACCGUCACCGCCAUGGACGUUGUCUACGCUCUGAAGCGCCAGGGCCGCACUCUGUACGGCUUCGGCGGCUAGAUUAUCUGACUACGAACGGUAUCUCCGGCCCUUUUCAGGGCCACCCACAUUUACUAAAGAACUAUUGCUGUCUCACCCGUCUUACCUCUAGAAUUUCAAAUGAUGAU